AUGGCCUCUGUUCUCGCAACCGGUUUUGUAUUGAUCGCUGGUAUCGCCGCUCUCCCAACAAAUGGUCUUCACAAUCCUCAAGUUUCAAGAAAUUUGAAUGGAAGAUCGGACCCAGUUCCCGGUGAAUCACCUCUGUUUGCGACCUACUUGGGCAAAGAAACGCCUCUUGAACCCAAAUAUCUCAAACCCAUCCCUGCCAUCGAGCCAGCCGGCGGAAACGUUUCUUCUGUAAACGACGAUAACCUCUUUCAAAACCUCCUCAGUGCCGAGUGGGCAAUUUACAGCUUUUAUCAACAAGGCGCUGAGGCUUUUUCAACAGCAGACUUUACGAAACUCGGUCUGCCCAACACCACCUAUGACCGCAUCCAACAGAUCCGCGACAACGAGGCCGGUCAUAUACGCAUUUUCCAGGACAGUAUUUCCAAUCAGUCCCUCAAACCAGGGCCUUGUCAGUAUGACUAUGGCUUUGACAACAAUGCCGAGACAUACCUGGCAACACAAGUCUUGCUAGAGCUUUCUAGCAUGGCCUUUCUUACAGGGCUCAUCGACCAGGCCAAAUUGAGCGCUACAAAGUCGGCUUUGGUUGCGAUUGCUGAAACUGAAUCUCGACACAACUCGUGGGCAUUGAUUGACGUCUGGAACGUGAACCCAUUCGCUGGCCCGUCUGACACCGUCUAUCCAUAUGCGAACCAGAUUCUUGAUCUCACAAAUUCGCUCAUCGUGCCAGGAAGCUGUCCAAAGGAGAACCCUCCUUAUCCAUCUCCAAAUCAACAUCUCCCGUCGCUGGAGUUUGUCCGGAAUUUUACGACUGGUCACCCUGGCGCUCAUAUCCAAUUUACCUUCCCCGAUGAGACAAAUCAGCCGAUUUUUAACAGCGACAAGGAAUACCAUGCAGUCUUUUUCCAUGGAGUGAACAACAUUACCGUACCAUUUGAUACCGCUCAACACACUUCUCGUAUCCCAGAGCAAUUUGACAAGAAGGUCGGGUUGAUUUUGGCCGUUAUUGCGAGUGAACCUGGAGCGCCGACUGAGGAUACUGUUAUUGCUGGGCCACUGAUUUUGUUACAGCAGCCAGAAUCAUUGACACUUCUGGUCUCUUGA